GGGGCGCUCUACGGUGGCCGACAGGAUGCCGCCGAGGUGUUAGCAACGAGGCGAGAAGCCCUCUCGGGGAGUACGGCGAGCUACGUUUCUCUAGUCUAGCUCCCGGAGUAUCGAGGAGGGUACCCCGGCAGCCGUCACCAUGGUGAAAGAACAGUUCCGAGAGACGGAUGUCGCCAAGAAAAUAAGCCACAUCUGUUUUGGAAUGAAGUCCCCUGAGGAGAUGCGCCAGCAGGCCCAUAUCCAGGUUGUGAGUAAGAACCUGUACAGCCAGGACAACAACCAUGCUCCCUUGCUGUAUGGUGUGCUUGACCAUAGGAUGGGUACAAGUGAGAAGGACCGUCCUUGCGAAACCUGUGGGAAAAACUUGGCUGACUGUCUGGGCCACUACGGCUACAUUGACUUGGAGUUGCCAUGCUUUCACGUGGGCUACUUCAGAGCAGUUAUUGGCAUCUUACAGAUGAUCUGUAAAACCUGCUGCCACAUCAUGCUGUCCCAGGAGGAGAAGAAGCAGUUUCUGGAUUAUCUGAAGAGGCCUGGCCUGACCUACCUCCAGAAACGUGGACUAAAGAAGAAAAUCUCUGAUAAGUGCCGAAAGAAGAACAUCUGCCAUUACUGUGGCGCUUUUAAUGGUACCGUAAAGAAAUGUGGAUUACUGAAGAUAAUUCAUGAGAAGUACAAGACCAACAAAAAAGUGGUGGAUCCUAUCGUAUCAAAUUUCCUUCAGUCUUUUGAAACAGCCAUCGAGCAUAACAAAGAAGUAGAACCACUGUUGGGAAGGGCACAGGAAAACUUGAAUCCCUUAGUAGUUCUGAAUUUAUUCAAACGAAUCCCAGCUGAAGAUGUCCCUCUACUUCUAAUGAACCCAGAAGCUGGAAAGCCCUCUGAUUUGAUUCUCACACGACUUUUAGUGCCCCCUUUGUGUAUCAGACCCUCCGUCGUGAGCGAUUUGAAGUCUGGCACCAAUGAAGAUGAUCUGACGAUGAAAUUGACAGAAAUCAUUUUCCUAAAUGACGUCAUUAAAAAGCAUCGGAUAUCAGGAGCAAAGACCCAGAUGAUCAUGGAAGACUGGGAUUUCUUGCAACUACAGUGUGCCCUCUACAUUAACAGUGAGCUCUCAGGCAUUCCCCUCAACAUGGCACCCAAGAAAUGGACAAGAGGUUUCGUCCAGCGCCUAAAGGGAAAACAGGGUCGAUUUAGAGGCAAUCUCUCAGGAAAGAGAGUGGAUUUUUCUGGCAGAACAGUCAUCUCACCUGACCCCAAUCUCAGGAUCGAUGAGGUAGCUGUGCCCGUUCACGUGGCCAAAAUUCUUACUUUUCCUGAGAAGGUGAACAAAGCAAACAUCAAUUUUUUGAGGAAACUGGUUCGAAAUGGCCCUGAAGUUCACCCAGGAGCCAAUUUCAUUCAGCAGAGACACACACAGAUGAAAAGGUUUUUGAAGUACGGAAAUAGGGAAAAGAUGGCCCAGGAGCUCAAGUACGGGGACAUCGUGGAGAGACACCUCAUAGAUGGAGAUGUGGUGCUGUUCAACCGGCAGCCAUCGCUGCACAAACUGAGCAUUAUGGCGCAUCUGGCCAAGGUCAAGCCGCACCGGACCUUCAGAUUUAACGAGUGUGUCUGUACGCCCUACAACGCAGAUUUCGAUGGCGAUGAGAUGAAUCUUCAUCUUCCUCAAACGGAGGAAGCUAAAGCAGAGGCCCUUGUUUUGAUGGGGACUAAAGCAAAUCUGGUAACACCAAGGAAUGGAGAACCACUAAUUGCUGCUAUUCAGGAUUUUCUGACAGGUGCCUAUCUCCUCACCCUGAAGGACACUUUCUUUGACCGCGCCAAGGCUUGCCAAAUCAUUGCUUCAAUAUUGGUUGGCAAGGAUGAGAAAAUUAAAGUUCACCUCCCACCCCCGACGAUACUAAAGCCUGUUACCCUAUGGACGGGAAAGCAGAUCUUCAGUGUCAUCCUCAGACCGAGCGAUGACAACCCAGUGAGGGCCAACCUCCGAACCAAGGGCAAGCAGUACUGCGGCAAAGGAGAAGAUCUCUGUGUCAAUGAUUCCUACGUUACUAUCCAGAACAGUGAGUUGAUGAGUGGCAGUAUGGACAAGGGAACUCUGGGAUCCGGAUCCAAGAACAACAUAUUCUACAUUUUGCUGCGAGACUGGGGGCAGAACGAAGCGGCCGAUGCGAUGUCACGGCUUGCCAGGCUGGCUCCUGUCUACCUCUCAAACCGUGGAUUCUCCAUUGGGAUUGGUGAUGUCACACCUGGUCAAGGACUGCUGAAGGCCAAGUAUGAGUUGCUGAACGCUGGCUAUAAAAAAUGUGACGAGUACAUCGAAGCCCUGAACACAGGCAAGCUGCAGCAACAGCCUGGCUGCACCGCUGAGGAGACUCUGGAGGCUCUGAUCCUGAAGGAGCUGUCUGUGAUCCGAGACCACGCAGGCAGUGCCUGUCUCCGGGAGCUGGAUAAGAGCAACAGCCCACUCACCAUGGCUCUGUGCGGCUCCAAGGGUUCUUUCAUUAACAUAUCACAGAUGAUUGCCUGUGUGGGACAGCAGGCCAUCAGUGGCUCUCGAGUGCCAGAUGGCUUUGAAAACAGGUCCUUGCCUCACUUUGAAAAACACUCAAAGCUCCCAGCUGCCAAAGGCUUUGUGGCUAAUAGCUUUUAUUCCGGUUUGACACCGACCGAGUUUUUCUUCCACACAAUGGCUGGCCGGGAAGGUCUCGUCGACACAGCCGUAAAGACCGCUGAAACAGGGUACAUGCAGAGGAGGCUCGUCAAGUCCCUUGAAGAUCUGUGCUCACAGUAUGACCUGACAGUCCGAAGCUCUACGGGUGAUAUUAUCCAGUUCAUUUACGGGGGAGAUGGCUUAGAUCCUGCAGCUAUGGAGGGAAAAGAUGAACCGUUAGAGUUCAAAAGAGUUCUGGACAACAUCAAAGCAGUCUUCCCGUGUCAGAGCGAGCCUGCGCUAAGUAAAAAUGAACUGGUCCUGACCACUGAGUCGAUCAUGAAGAAGACUGAGUUCCUCUGCUGCCAGGACAGCUUCCUGCAGGAAAUAAAAAAUUUCGUCCAGGGCGUUUCUGAGAAGAUCAAGAAGACCAGAGAUAAAUACGGCAUCAACGACAACGGCACAACAGAGCCGCGUGUGUUGUACCAGUUGGACCGGAUCACCCCCACCCAAAUCGAAAAGUUCCUGGAGACCUGCAGGGACAAGUACAUGAGGGCGCAGAUGGAGCCAGGAUCUGCGGUGGGCGCACUGUGUGCCCAGAGCAUUGGGGAGCCAGGCACCCAGAUGACCCUGAAGACUUUCCACUUUGCGGGCGUGGCCUCCAUGAACAUCACCCUGGGUGUGCCCCGGAUCAAAGAGAUCAUCAAUGCUUCCAAGGCCAUCAGCACCCCAAUCAUCACGGCACAGCUGGAUAAGGACGAUGACGCGGACUACGCUCGCCUCGUGAAGGGCAGAAUUGAGAAGACCCUCCUGGGAGAGAUUUCCGAGUAUAUUGAAGAAGUGUUUCUUCCGGAUGACUGCUUUAUCCUCGUCAAGCUCUCCCUGGAACGGAUCAGACUUCUGAGACUGGAAGUGAACGCUGAGACGGUGCGCUAUUCCAUCUGCAUGUCCAAGCUCCGCGUGAAGCCUGGCGAUGUGGCCGUUCACGGCGAGGCUGUGGUGUGUGUCACCCCCAGAGAGAACAGCAAGAGCUCCAUGUACUAUGUGCUGCAGUUCCUGAAAGAGGAUCUCCCCAAGGUGGUGGUGCAGGGCAUCCCGGAGGUUUCCAGAGCUGUCAUCCACAUCGACGAGCAGAGCGGAAAGGAGAAGUACAAGCUUCUGGUGGAGGGUGAUAACCUGCGGGCGGUCAUGGCCACCCACGGUGUGAAGGGCACCCGCACCACCUCCAAUAACACCUAUGAGGUGGAGAAAACUCUGGGCAUCGAAGCUGCCCGGACAACGAUCAUCAAUGAAAUCCAGUACACGAUGGUCAACCACGGCAUGAGCAUCGACAGGAGGCACGUGAUGCUGCUCUCCGACCUGAUGACCUACAAGGGUGAAGUCCUGGGCAUCACGAGGUUUGGCCUGGCCAAGAUGAAGGAGAGUGUGCUGAUGCUGGCUUCCUUUGAGAAAACAGCUGACCAUCUCUUCGACGCGGCCUACUUUGGGCAGAAGGACUCCGUGUGUGGGGUGUCUGAAUGCAUCAUCAUGGGGAUCCCCAUGAACAUUGGAACUGGACUCUUCAAGCUGCUGCACAAGGCCGACAGGGACCCAAGCCCUCCCAGGAGACCCCUGAUCUUCGACAUGAACGAAUUCCACAUCCCCCUUGUCACAUAGUCCAGGGAGGAGGGGACCGUUCCUGACCCCAGCUCCUUGUCCCAUCUGGAAAGAGGUCGAGACUGGCAGCUGACCCAGAGAGCUUGUGCUCCCUGGGACAGGCCUUGAUAUCCCCACCGUGCCGUCACGCCGAGAAGGCCUCCAUGUCCCCGGGAGCAGCUCGCCCGGGACCCUGAUCACACCACAGUGCCUGGUCGGGAGAACUGAGGUUUGUCUCUUUGAAGCCCUAGCCUCACCAGGAGGACCCGGUCAGGCGUCUUUGCUCAUUCUCACCUCACCCUUCCAAUCACUGGCUUUCAGGAGUGUCACACCAUGACCCAGAGCCAGCUGUAAGCCCCAAGACCAAGGCCUGUUCCUGGUUUUUCUGUUCCUCAGUCAUGCUCGAAUCUCUUCAUGUGGCCUACUCAUGUAAAUAUUAUCACUGUUAUUUAUUUGUUCAGUUUGAAGAAUUUGGAGUUGUUAUUAUUAUUUUGGCUUUACUUUUGAAAUUUGAAAGCAAGAGGCUAUAGAAACCAAGAAAGCCAGCAUUGCAGUGUCACCGGAAAAAACUGGUUAAGCAGAUGGGACCGCCUAGGAUUUGUAACUAAGCUAAAACCAUCAUGAGGCCCAAGCUGCUCUGAAACAUCUUUUACAGACACCUCUGACCACCCCACUGUUUUUGUCUACCUCUGACCUCCAUGGGGGGAGCCUGCCAUGUGACAAGAGCAGGACCCAUUGCUCACGGCCGAUAGAAGCCUUGCCAGAGUUCGGAGCCCGCGGCGGUGGGGACGGUCAGUGUGUGUGGAGGUGAUGGGUGAGGCUGGUCCAGGCCCCUGCACUGCCUGGGUGGUGACCACACCCCCCGAGGUAUCCAUGUGGCUGCCCUGCCUCCACAUCCACAGAGCAAGCAGGGCAGGUGCAGAGCUACGGCCUAAAAAGUGCCCUGGGGGCAGAGGUGGGGUAGGGCCUUUCUGGGUAGAGGCAGGGGUGGAAGGGCCACUCAAACAGGAAGGGAGGAGGCCCACGUGGGGGUGGAGAGGGAACAGAGGUGGCGGCGGAGAGGGAACAGAGGUGGCGGCAUGCCCAUUGGGCAGUAGCAGGCGACUGGAAGAGUAAAUCGGUAAUGAUCGAAAGCACCUGUCAGGCCGGCAGGAGACCAGCAGGGUGUCCCAGGAAGACCCCACAAGGCUUGUGAUGGGGGUUUGUGCAACAGAGAAAAGAAAUGUACACAGCUUAUCUUAGCAGAAGGGUUUCGCUGCCAGAGACCGUGAUUCUUUGUACUGGAUUUGCUCCGUAAGAUUGGGCCAGGAUCACGGAUAAGAAAUGGUAUGGCUGCCACUCUUUACUCCCUCUGGAGAAUGUUCCGUGAAGCCUGCCCUGCCCUUCCCUAUCCGGAGCCAAGUCCCACUGCUCUGGCUCUUCCUUCCUUGCCAGGGGGCCUUGGAAAACCAAGGCUGCUUAGUUGGGAAUGAGAUGAUGGUGAAAGUGCGGCUUUGACCCUACCUUCUGGCUCCAUGCAUCUGGGAAGCUCUACUUCUAAAGCAACAUCGCUAAUUUCUCUCAUAUCCAGCCCUUGCAAGAAAACAGCCGCCCAAACUGAAGAGAUGUGAGUUUGUUGUUGAGGGAGAAGAUGGUUUGGCUGAUUAAAGAGGUGGGUGUGGAGGGGGGAAAAAAAAGGUAGACCAGGCACUUACAGAGUUCAAGUUGUAGUGCAAAGAAUCACAUUUUGCUUCUUGGGACAUUCUCUAGCUGAUUUCCGAAGUUCUGAGUUAAUGCUGCUAAAAUACUUCAUGUAACCAUCUGCUGUGGGGUCUGUGUUAGAAUGAAUGCUUUCUCUCCCAUCCUGAUGGGAUUCCUGAAUUCAGAAUUCUUGACCUGAACCUUUGGCCAUUCUCUGGUUUAAAAUUCUGUUAAAACUAAUUUGGCCCUGGGGUCUCCCUGCACCCAUGAGGUUGAUUCAGGAAGUUCUCUUAAGGUGAAAAAGUGUAAUUUUUCAUGUUCCAUAUCCCCCCCCCAUGCCCACCCCUGUAUCUCUGAACUGAGCUAGCCUGGUUUGCAACACAGAUUAAGCCUGUUACAGGGGCGCCACCUGAAACCUCACCACGGGCCUCGCUUCUCUCGUACAACCUGCGAAGAGCCACAGUACCACAGCUGCCUUCCUAAAACCUGCCUGGGGAAUAAGCCUCGGGCCUGCUCAGAUCCAGAACUACGAGAAGGCACACGAGGGCCGUGGGAGGAAGGACUCCCAGAGUGGGAGGGAGCACCGACGCCCGCCUUCCUCUGUGUGCCGCGUACCUGAACUGGGGAGGGGAGCCGGUGUGCGCCACUGUGAGUAAUAAAGACGGCCCCACCAGGAGCCUCAUCCUGUUUGAGCAAGGCCUCUGGGUGCCGACAAGCCCGGGUGAGAGGUGUGUGAUCGUGCUGCACGCAGGCAGGGGGCGGGGGUCGAUCAGUGUGUGGCAUUGCGGGGACGGAAGGGUUACAUGAAGCAGUGCACCCCCCAGUCCGAGACCAUGUGUCCUGCGGGCGAGUGUCCUCGUAGCCCUGCAGCCCUGCCGGGACCCCAGGCAGAGGCGGCGUUGCCUGGCGAGCCCUGCUCUGUGCUCCCUGCCGUGUGUGUGCUGUAGGUGGGUGUGCAAAUGGGAUGGGAUGAUCUGCUGCCCUGGUGCUGGGCUUUAUGCAAGCACAGAACUCAGACACCAGAUCCAGAGAGCAAUGUCUUCUCAAGAGUAAGCUCCAUAGAAGGUUGGGAUUUUACUCUGGCCCUGUUGAGGAAGAAAUAAGAAAAAUACAUUUUAACGGUCUCAUUCAUUAACAAAUUCAUAUUUAUUCUGACUAGUCAUCUGUCCAGUCCUUUGCCCUUUUUACGUCUUUUGUACAAGGGGAUUAAAAUAGCGAUUGACUCAGUGACAGCCCCCUGCUUGUUCAGCGCUUUGGGGGUGGGAGAGACAUUCUGGAGUCUCCCAGUGUCUGUGUUGGAGUCAAAUCAUGGUGCUGUGUCUCUGUUUCAGGGUUUAUCCAUGUGUAUUCACAUUGAUUCAUGUCUGACUGACACCAUAUGAUGAUUAUUUUUCUUGAAUUUUGGCUGCCUCUAGACAGAACUCUACUUUUUUAGGAAACCUGAAAUAAGGAAAACUUACUCUACAUAUAACGGUAGCAGUUCAUCCCUGUGGGUUGUGAAAAAGGGUGACUGGGAUACGAAUGGGCUCCAGCUCCUACAAUAAUUAAUGUCCCCUGCCACAAGCCCACCCCUCGGGUGCUGGAGGUCAGCAGUGAGCUCUGCACCCCUCCCCGCCCCUGUCAUGUAGCUAAUUCAAGCCCAGUGGGACACAAUGCAGUAUCUCCUGGAAGUACCACCUAGCUGGGAUCAAGUGCCUCGCCUAACUGUUCAGAAGUUCGGUCAGCGAAUAAAGGCCUACUAUGUUCUAGGUACUAAAAGAGCAGUAGUAAAUAAAACUGGUAAAUCAGAUACCAGUACAUCUAAAAACAAGUCUUCAGCAGAAGGGACAGAGCCAAGAGGUGGUAAAUCAAGCCUGCAAAUAUGUGUCCAGCACUGUCUAGGGUCCCAACUACAGAACUGAGGGUCUUGGGGGGUCUGGCACCUCCAGCUCACUGGAACAAAGAGAACGGUCUCUCGGCCAGCACAGCCCCUGGUUCCAGCCCCUCUGCAGUGCCCUUCACACCGCUCAUUGGCCUCCAUCCCUUGGACUGGGGUUCUAGAGGGUGGGCCCUGAGCAGAGGACACAAGGCUGCAGUCACCGGGAAAGGAGGCUCCCAUACUUACCCCACGUUCCAUGUACAGUGUUCAUAAGCAGACAUUUAAGUCCAUGAAGGUUUGCUAAGCUUCUGCUCUGUGCCAGGUGGUGUGCGGGCCUCAGAGAAAAUCCCUGCAUGCAUGGGGCUUACCAUCUGGUCAGGGUCAGCUUGUGGUUAAGAGCCUGGUUUCUAUGAACAGACUAUCAGAAUGCAAAUCCCAAUUUCCGCUUUCUGUCUGGUGACCUUAAACUAAUGAUUUAACCUCUCUGCCUCAUUUAUAAGGUAGGAAUGCUAUUUAGUGGUACCUGACUCCUAGGGUCGUUGUGAAGUUUCAGUGUGAUUUUGCAUAUAAGAUCCAAGUACGGUGUCUGGCACAAAGGACACACUCAUUAAGUGUGUUUGCAGUUAUGGUGACCAUCAGUACUUUUACUAGAAAACAUGGUCUGAGAAUUCAGUACCAAAACCCAAACUCGGGGCGCCUGGGUGGCUCAGUUGUUAGGCGUCUGCCUUUGGUUCAGGUCAUGA